GGAUCGCGCGUGCCGACUGACGCGCGGAGUUUGGUUAAUGUUCAUAAGGAAUCGUGAGUCGCUGCUGCCUACCACUGUUCAUUGUUCACUUGAAAGCCGAUGACGGUUCCAGCAAGAUCGUCUUUGCACUGUCUUUUAUUUUUACCUAGUCUUCUAAACGCGGAUCCUAUUAUUAUUUCCUCGUUUUGUUUUAACCGUACAAUACUGCAAUAUUUAUAUACACGGAAAGAAGAUAACCGAUAUUACUACUUUAACUGCUCUCGUCACUACUGAAUCCAUUUAAUGGAUAUUAUUAAUUAUUAUAACCGUUUGAUGAUCGUCGUAUUAUUUUGUUGAUAUUUUUUCUGAACCAUAAGAAUUUCUUAACUAUUUGAAAAUUAAAAACUUGUGAAUGAAAAUGGAAAUGUAUUGUGCACCUCAAAACAAUGUUUUAUUCUGCGAUUACUACACGCCUACACCUCGUUAUCCGCUAUCGCCAUAUUCACAAUCUUCGUAUAUAUCUAGUACAUCAAGUUAUUCACAAUCGUCUUUUUCACCAAUCUCAUCACCUUACACUCCACCAUCUCAGACAUCAGAAUCAUUUGCAAAUGGAAAUGACAAUGACAACGUAUUUAAAUUUCCUUCAAUAAUUCAAGAUAAAUAUAUUCCUUCACGUGAAGAUUUAAUAAGUGCUGCUAUUGCUAGAGCAAAAACUUUGAUUGAAAUAGAAGAAAUUGGUCAACGUUUAAUUUCAGUUGAUAAAAGACAUGUUGUUCAAAAUAAUGGUCAAAAAACACUAUUGCCAACAAUUAAACAAGAACCAAAACGUGGUAGUGAACUAUACAUUGCAUUACCAAAAGCUUGUUUGGAAGGUUUUCUUUACGCUAUUUUCUCACAGUUUGGAACUGUUCAUCAAAUUCGAUUAAUGAUGCAUUUUUCUGGUUCAAAUCGAGGAUAUGGUUAUGUUAUGAUGAGUAGUCCUAUGGAGGCAGAGACUGCCUUGGCUAAACUGAAUGAACUCACUCUUCCUGGUAUCAGAGGUCACUUAUUAGUGAGCAUGUCUACUGAUAACAGAACAUUAUUUGCCAGGAACAUACCUAUGGAUUUAUCUGAAGAACAAUUACAAAUAGAAUUUGAAAAACGUGUGGAAGGUGUUAAGAAAGUUCGAGUAUUUAAUAACACAGAUGAUCCUAGCAAAAAUAGAGAAUUUUGUUUUGUAAUAUUCAAAGAUCAUAGAAGUGCUGCUUUAGCUCGCCGCUCUAUGGCAGAAAGUCCAUUUUUUAUAAAUGGAGUUUCGAUUAAGAUUCAAUGGGCAGAAUCUGAACCAGUAUUUCGUCACUCUGUUUUAAUGAGAAUGAAACAAUUGCAUAUUAGAAACAUGAAUUCCCAAACAACAGAAGAAGAUAUAUGGAAAAUCUUAUGUCAACAUGUUACUCCAAAUAAUAUUGUGUUUAUUAAGAAAAAUAAUACAUGUGCUAGAAUAAAAUUCAUUCGCCAUGAAUAUGCAGAUGUUGUACGGAAGAGUCUUGAUGGUAAAAGAGUUCACGGAAUCAAUUGGAUAGUUAUGUGGGAUAAAAUAGAAGGAACAAAAUAUGAAUGUGAAGGAUAUUUUAAACAUUUAAGUAUAUAAUCUACGGUAAUUAUAUAUAUAC